UGUGUGCGCGCGCGCGCGCGUAUGUGUGUGUGGUGUGUGUAUUAUAUAUAUGCGUGUUUCACUCAAAACGCCAUCAUCUACUAUCUUCGUUUAAUAUCUUUUGAAAUUUUUGUAUUAUAUUUUUGUCGAUCUCUGUGUGUGUAUGUGUCUGUGUGUGUGUGGGUUUUCUUGCGUUGUUUUUAAUCGUAACAUAUGAUAUAUUUUUAUUUGGAAUUUUCGAUGAAAAUAAUUUUCUUCUUUCUUUCGACGAUUUCACAUUUUAGUAAUUCUUUCUCUCUCCCUCUCUCUCUUUCUUUCUCUCUCUUUCUUUCUCGAGUGAUACGCAUUUCGUGUUUCGAAUAAUAAUAGGUUUUAGAGGAGGUAGGAGUUGGUUAGGCACAUAUCGUAAGAGGUAGAAGUAAAGAUCGAUUACAUUUGCUCUAUGCGAACGGUACGACUGCGUGAUAGAAAUGAUAUGGAAGCUUGCUAUUAAAGAUUUGCUUUCGAUGUACCCUCGUAAUCUCAUUUAUAUCCUGUGUUGUAUAUUCGACUAGUUCCGAACGGUUUUAUAGGUUAACUUUUCUCGAACGGUUACGUUUUACACGAACGACUAAAAGAAAACUUGUUGAGUAAUAAUAGUAUCGUGUAAAUUAAAAAUCAAUUGAAAAGUUCGAAUUUUAAACUGUAACAUUAUUAUUAUUAUUGUCGUUAUUAUUAUUGUUAUUGUUAUUAUUGUUAUUAUAGACGCAAUUGUGACGUGAAUACGUUUUAUAGGUUAUCUUUUCUCGAAUGUUAAGAGUUCGUAAAAUAGGAAGAAAGUAUCGAAUGAAAUGAACUUGUUAGUUGUUAGUAAUUUAAAAAAAAAAAAAAAAGAAAGAAAGAAAAGAAAGAGAAAAACAAAAUGCACGAUCUUCGAGUUGACAGUUAUAAGAUAUAUGAAAGAGUUUGCAACAUCGUAAUAUUCGAGUGGAUUCGUUUUCUAGGUUAUUUUUUCUCAAACGGUUCAAAGUUGUAAGAACAUGAAAACUUGUCGAAUAAAAAUGUUGCGUGAUUAAAAACAUAAUGCACAAUUUUCGAGUUGGAAGAUAUAAAAUUUAUGAAAAAGUUGAUAAUAUAACGUUUGCUUUGUAGGUUAUCUUUUCUGAAACGUUGAAGGAAAGUGGACGAUAACAAAACGUUUUCAAUAAAAACAUUGUGUUAAAUUAAAAAAUAACAAAAAUAUUUUGAUAUAGAAAUACGAAAAUUUAUGAAAAAGCCUGUAGUGCUACGAUAAUCCUUGGUAUAAAGUCAAAGUCGUUGUUCAGAAUAGAUAAAUAGAUAGAUAUAUACAUAUAUAUAUAUACACACACACACACACAACGUACGAUGUACGAACGUACUUACGUCGACGUACAUACCGGUGUGUCGCAUUGCCACGUGCACGACGUGCCGAUUGGACGAUGAGAAUGUAAAUAUCAGUUGGUGCUGAGUUAACCGGUCGAACGGACACGUUUCGUUUCAGAAUCAUUUCGUGUUUCUCUUCGAGAAACUUUCGUACAUAGUUUAGUACAUAAAAAAAGAAAUUAGUUCGAUCUUCUUUCUGAACUUUUCUUGUAGAGCGAAGAAAGAAGGAGAGGAAGAGGAAGAAAAGAAAGCAAAGAUAGCAAAGUGCAAUGUCGUAUCACCGCGGGGGUCAAACAGGCUCCGUAGCCGUGUCUUACAGUACCAGCCCAAUGGCACCGCAUUCACCUAGCAGGCGAUAUUCGAGUGGCUCAGCGUCUUCGAGUACAACAACAUCCGGUGUUGGAGGUGGUGGUGGCGGUGGUGUUGGUGGUGGUGGUGGUGGUGGCGGUGGUAGUAGUGGUAGUGGAGGUGGUGGUAGUGGUAGUGGUGGUGUUGGUAGUGUUGGAGGAGGUGCUAGUAGCAGCAGUACCGGUAGUGGAGGGAGCAGUGGUUCAACGUCCAAGUACAAUUACACCUCAAGAGGUACCCCAUCGUCGCUUCGAGACCGUUCGAGCAUUUUUCCAUCAUCUCCAUCAUCGACGAUUCCUAGUCUUCGUUCCAGCUACGUCUCUGAUUGCAGAAGAUCUUAUUGCCAAACUGGAAGUUACUACUCAUCGGCUACGACCAGCAGCCUCCGCAGGAGCUACUUGUCAGAGUACAGCCGUCCUCAGUGCUCACCCUCAAGGUCCGUCUCGUCUUCGUACGGCGGCGAUACAAGUGGCAUCGGUGGAAGCGUCUGUAGUACUCUGGCAAACGGCAUCAGUAGCAUCGGUUCCAGCGGGCGAUACACAUCGUCGACGUCAUCUUCCUAUCUGUCAUCUUCUACCGCUUCCUCGAGGGAUCGUACCUUGGAUUCGUCUGCGUUACGUCGAGACGUUAACACGGAUAUCAUCGGCAGGUGUUCGCCAUUGGUUUACGUACCUAGCGUCGUUCGCCAUUCUUCUCAGAGUGGUACUCAUCGUUGGAAGCAACAUCAACAUCAGCAGCAGCAGCAGCAGCAACAUUCGAAGGCAACGACGACAGGAGGUGGCUCGACUUUGAACGAAUUGAUCGGAGGAGAGGAACGCGAAGGAAAACGAACGGGAAGUGUACGUCCCGAAUCUUCGCUCUCCUCGUCUUCCUCGUCGUCAUCGUCGUCCGCCAUCACAGGUGGUGGGCUUUGGUCGAGGUCUAAGGGGAGGCCAUUUACCGCCGGCAGCACGGUGCUCACCACCGGUACGGGGCAUGCACGCGCCCACAGCGCAACAUCGUCCGUCGAGGUAACGAUCGCCGGUCAUCGGACUGACGAGGACGAUGACGACGAUAUCGACGAAGACGACGACGACGACGACGACGACGACGACAACGACAACGACGACGACGACGACGACGAGGAAGACGAUGGCGACGUCAACGACGAUAACGAUUACGUGAACGACGAGGACGAGGACGAGGACGAGACUAACGAGCGCGAUAACGACGACGACGACAACAACGAGGACGACGAGGACGACGACGUUGACGCGGCCAUUGGCCCUUCCAAUGUAAACGACGACGACGACGACGACGAGGACGACGAUCGACGAAACGACAAUAACAACAAUAACGCCAACGGCAAUCUCGACGGCAGCAGCAACAGGAAUAAUACUAGCAGCAAUUCGGGCUCCAACGAGGAGGACGGCUACGUCUACGAGCAGCUAGAUUAUAACGACGAUCCGCGGCGCGACGAUGACGACGCGGAUAACAAUCGUAUCAACCGCCAUCACCACCAACGCGCCCGUCGUUCGGUCAGCAACAAACAACGUAUCUCCGUUUCCCCGACGGCCGAACGUAAUGUCGCGGCCACCAUAGCUGCCGCCAUUGUUGCUGCCGUUAGACCGCGUAACGAGGGUGGUGGUGCUGGCGGUGGUUUGAUUCCUGUUAAUCUUGACCUGCUAACUAAUCUCGCUAAUACUAAUCCAAAUAAUACCACCGAGCAUUUGAUCGAUAACGACGAGCAGAGUAGUCAACGCAAUUCCUCGCUCCAGUCGGACGAUUUUGAGAUCGACGAUAACGAGGUAAUACGUGGGGUCAACGAGGUUGCCUCGAUCGAGCCGGUCGAUACUUAUCGUCGGAAUGCUCUUUCCUCUGGAAAUCACGACUUAUUGGACGGUCUCAGUACCAAAAGCAACUCGCCCGUUAAUCCAUUCGAUAUCGAGGAAAAUGACUUUGAGGUCAGGACUUUGUAUACCGUACUUCAGAACGGUCUAUCGGGAAGAACGUCCGAUGACCAUUCCGACGAUCCGUCCGUACCUUCGACGUCCAGCCGGCAGGAAGGACAUUUCUCUGGAAUCGACGGAAACACGGGAGCAUCCGCUAGUGGUCUUACAUCUUCCCCUGCAACACCUAACACGAGACAGCAAAGUCUCUAUCGCGCUGGCAACGAGCAGUUCGAGGGAAGUCCAACCAACAGACCGGUGCGUAAUCCAUUCCAAGCUCAUCGGGACGAAAGAUGUGGCUUAAACGGUUUGCGAAAUAUCGGAAAUACAUGUUUCAUGAACAGCGUGAUCCAGUGUCUGAGCAAUACCAGACCACUUUUAGAAUACGUGACGAACGAACAUUACUUGGUCGACAUAAACACUACAACGUCGAGUAUGAAAGGUGCUUUGAUAAAGGCGUUCAGCCAAGUAAUACAAGAAUUGUGGCAAGUUGACGGGGAUCACGUGGUCAAUACAUCAGCAUUAAAGUCUCAGAUACAAAGAUUUACGCCACGAUUCAUGGGUUAUAGUCAGCAAGAUGCUCAAGAGUUCCUCAGGUAUUUGUUGGAGGGAUUGCACGAGGAUGUUAAUAGGAUCACCAUUAAACCACAGCCGAUUCAUACGGAUAUACCUGAUAUGUAUACGGAUAGCGAAAAGGCAGCAGAAAGUUGGAAACGUUAUCUACGCAGCGAAGACAGCAUGAUAGUCGAUUUAUUUGUUGGACAAUUAAGAUCGUCCUUACGAUGUACAUUCUGCGAUCACGUAUCGGUAACGUUGGAUCCUUUUUGGGAUUUAAGUUUACCGAUUCCAGCUAGAAGUGGCACAGUCAAGCUCAGCCAAUGUUUGGAACAUUUUACGCGUGAAGAGGUUCUCGAUGGCGACGAGAAACCAACGUGCUCGAAAUGUCAGAUGAGGAGAAAGUGUACCAAGAGCUUCGGCAUACAAAAAUUUCCUAAAAUUCUUGUUAUUCAUUUGAAACGCUUUUCGCCGAUGGAACGAUUUCGUGGCAAGCUGAACGUAAUGGUUGACUUUCCAUUGAUGGACUUGGAUCUCAGUGCCUUUGCCGCUCCAAGAGUACCGGGUUGCACGUACAAUCUUUACGGUGUCGCCAAUCAUUCCGGUACAACUUAUUCCGGUCAUUACACGGCGUAUUGCAAACAUCCGUACUCAGGAGAGUGGCACGAGUAUAACGACAGCCAUAUUUCGGGGAUACCAGCUAAAUCGGUUGUUUCCAGCGAAGCCUAUGUAUUAUUUUACGAACAGCAGCCCCAUAGUUCUCAUUUGUAACCUCACGCCAUGUUUGAUCAGCGACCAUCUUGCCUCUUGAUAUAUUAUGUACUAGGCUCGGUCCAGCCUCUAGCAAUACUCUUCUAUCGUGUGUGCGGUAUUCAAAAGCGAAUAUUAAAUAAUAAACUGGACGACAAGGACGGGUCACUUUACUCAGGAACGUAGCGUAUUUCGCGCGACGUCUGUGACGAAAGCCUCUCUAUUGUUCUUUUUCUUCUUUUUCUUUUUCUUUUUUCUUCUUCUUCUCCUCUUCUUCCUCUUCUUCUUCAUCUUCCUCUUCUUCUUCUUCUUCUUCUACUUCUACUUCUUCCUCCUCUUCCUCUUUAUUUUAUUUUUUUCUUGACGAUUCAUUUUUUUUUUUUUUUAAUUUUUUGCUGCUCUUGCGCGUUUUUUCUUUUUCUUUUUUUCCUUCCCCUCUGGAAUUUUAUUUUCGACGAAAUGGAACGAGUUGAGUUGAGUUUAAUCGACUUGGUAAAAAAAAAAAAAGAA